GGAAAUUGACAAUUGGUUUUAAAAUGGGUAUCUGAGAAUCUGAGGAUGGGUUUAUGUGUGUGUAUUUUUUCAAAACGUUAAUAUGAGAUUCCUAGGUGUGUCUUAGUGUUCCCAAAAUACAAUUACAAAUACCCUAAUAAAUGAGACUAUGUCGUGGUUUUAUGUUUACACUCGGUUCCAGUGCCUCCGCGUAAAAAUUAGUUAAUAAAAAGUGUUGCACCUUAAUGAGGGUUAGAAGUAAAUCGGUGAUAAAAUAAAAUAAUUCAAAAUGUGGAAUAUGAUGUGUGAUGUGAUGCCGACUAUCUCGGAAGACAGUAUUAGUCAAAGAGGUUCGCAGUUUUCAGGCGAAGAUGCAAAUUUCGAGCAGCUUAUGGUGUCCAUGCUCGACGAAAGGGAUAAGUUAAUGGACAGUUUGAGGGAAACACAAGAAAGAUUAGGGGAGACUGAGCUUAAAUUGCAAGAUACUGAAAAAGAAAGGGAUUCUUUGCAAAGGCAAAUAGCGGCAAAUCUCCCACAGGAAUUUGCUACGCUUACCAAAGAACUAAAUGCAGCGAGAGAACAACUCUUAGAACGAGAGGAAGAAAUCUCAGAAUUGAAGGCUGAACGAAACAAUACAAGGUUACUAUUAGAGCAUUUAGAAUGUCUUGUAUCGAGACACGAGAGAUCUUUAAGAAUGACUGUUGUAAAACGUCAAGCAGCAGCUCAAUCUGGCGUUUCGAGCGAAGUGGAGGUCCUCAAGGCUCUCAAGAGUCUGUUCGAACAUCACAAAGCUUUAGACGAAAAGGUGCGUGAAAGACUGAGGGUAGCUUUAGAAAGAAAUUCCAGCUUAGAAGAAGAAUUAGCAGCAACCAAAGAAGAACUACAACAAUAUAAACAAGCUAAUGUACCUGCCACUGUUGAAAUACCCAAAGAAAAUGGACAAGUCGAUGUUGGGGACCAAGUUAUAUCUACUAAUAAUAAACCAUCUUCGAAGCCACGUCUUGCCAAUGGGGGAAUGGAGCCUGAUAGUGAAACUGCAGCUAGAAUUACCGACUUGCAGAUGGCAUUGGAACAACAGACUGGAGAAAUAAGUACCUGGCAACGUCGUGUGGCGGAAAUGCAGAACCGAGUAGCGGAACUGGAAGAAAACUUGUCGAAGGCACAAAAAGAUCUGUUGAAAGCACAAGACACCAAUUCUAAAUUACAAAGAGAUCUUAGAGAAAACGUGGCGCAAAAGGAAGACCAGGAAGAGCGAAUUGCCACACUAGAGAAGAGAUAUCUCAAUGCUCAGAGGGAGUCCACUUCAUUACAUGAUCUUAACGAGAAGUUGGAGCAGGAGUUGCAGCAUAAAGAAGCUCAAAUAAAGUUACACGAAGAAAAAAUAGCAGCUAUCCAAGAAAAACUGGAACUAUCCGAACAAAAAUUAGCUCAAUAUUCAAAAUUACCAGAAAUAGAGGAACAACUGAAGCAACGUAUGGAGGCGUUGACACAGGUGAGACCACAGGCUCAAGAAAGACACGGAUCUGCAGAGGACCGAAUUCAAAGACUUGAAGCUAAUUUAGAUGAGAAAAACGCGGAAUUGAUUCGCCUCAACCAAAGACUAAAAAUGAACGAGGAACACAACUCGCGACUUUCAUCAACGGUCGACAAACUUCUUUCCGAAUCGAACGAAAGGCUACAAGAACAUCUCAAAGAAAGAAUGCACGCUCUGCAAGAAAAGAACAGCCUCACUCAGGAUUUGGAAAAGACGAGGAAGAUGUUAGAAGAGUUGGAUAGUCAAAAGUCAGAAAUUAUGAAAGAAUUAGCUAAAUCUAGGUUAGAAAUUGAUAACGUUAAAAGACAAAUGCUUCAGCAAGAAAUCGCCUACAAUAUUCAACAGACCGACGCCCUCACUCGAUCGCUGUCUCCAAACGCGGUCGAUCCGAGUACUUUCUCCAGAAGCGCGAGUCAUUCCAGUUUCGACAGUCAUUCCUUGCCUCGUAGAGCAGCUAAAAGCAGAACUCCCAUCGAUGAAGAACCAAAGUUACCGUUUGCUUCGCGAUCGAUGAGCGAACAGGAAUGGGAGAAAUUGCAACAGGCUCACGUGCUGGCCAACGUUCAACAAGCUUUCGAUGUAUCUAGCGACGCAGAAGGAGACGAUGCAGAGAGCAUUUUCAGCACACAAGACAUGUUAUCUCCAGGAGGUCACACCGACGCUCAAACUUUAGCUAUGAUGCUUCAGGAACAAUUAGACGCCAUCAAUAACGAAAUUAGAUUAAUACAAGAAGAAAAGCAGAAUACAGAAGCUAGAGCGGAGGAAUUGGAAUCGCGAGUAGGAAGUAUGGAACACGUUAAUCUUUUAACACGAGGGAGGAGCAUGGAACGUCAAAGUCCACCAGUUAGCGGUAGAUCUACACCUAAAUCACACCAUUCACCACAAAGAGAUUAUCUUCAAAAAUACCAUACCUUACCACUAGAACCGAUGUCAUCCGAAUUAACAGCUGACGAGAUGUCUCUCGCGGACGGUACUAAUGGCGGAGGAGCAUCACCACUCACAGCACGUCACUUAAGAUUGGAACGAGUAGCUCAAGCUCUAGCUCACAGCCAAGAGGAACUUCGAAGUAUGUUUAGGCAAGGACACACGCACACACCUCCAUCACCAUUGUCAUCUCGUCAUAGCAGCCAGGAGAGCCUACAUAAGAACGCCAUCUCGGGUCUGUCGAGGGAUAUGUCAACGGCCGCUGCUGUCGCCGCUGCAGCUGCUGCGCAGAAAAAGAAAGGAAUCAAAUCUUCGCUGGGAAGGUUCUUCAGCAAAAAAGAAAAGGUGAAAGGAAAAGAACCCACAGUAGUAGGACCCGAAAUAAAUUUAAAUUUAAGCCAAAGCAGUAUUGGAAUCUCAGACGGCGACUUUUGUGAUACGAUGAGCAUAUCUGGAAAACUUGGACAAAAACCUGAAUUUGAUAGACGACAGAAAAAGAAGGAUUUAGACUACAGACACGAAUUGUUAGCCGAAGCAAUGAAGGCCGGUACACCGUUUGCGUUGUGGAACGGACCGACGAUUGUAGCUUGGUUGGAAUUGUGGGUAGGAAUGCCUGCUUGGUACGUCGCUGCAUGUCGGGCGAACGUAAAAUCUGGCGCUAUUAUGAGCGCUCUUAGCGAUACGGAGAUCCAGAGAGAAAUAGGAAUUAGCAAUCCACUUCACAGGCUGAAGCUGCGUCUGGCAAUACAAGAAAUGGUAUCCUUAACGUCACCGUCAGCGCCAAAAACCUCCAGAACAACUUUAGCGUUUGGUGAUAUGAACCACGAAUGGAUCGGCAAUUCUUGGCUUCCAGCACUAGGUCUUCCACAAUACCGGACUACCUUUAUGGAAUGCUUGGUCGAUGCCCGAAUGCUAGACCAUUUAACGAAGAAGGACCUAAGAGGACAAUUAAAAAUGGUCGAUGGUUUCCAUCGGACUAGCCUACAUUACGGCAUUUCGUGUUUGAAGAGGUUAAAUUUCGAUAGACACGCUUUAGAAGAGAGGAGAAAAAAUUGUGAGAAUACAUUAUCAGAUGUCAUAGUUUGGACCAAUGAGCGUGUGGUUAAAUGGGUAGCUUCUAUAGGUUUAAAGGAUUAUAGUAAUAAUUUAGAAGAAUCUGGAGUCCAUGGUGCUUUGAUUGCUUUAGAUGAAAGUUUUGAUGCAGACAGUAUGGCGUUAGCUUUACAAAUACCUACACAAAAUACACCGGCAAGACAAACCUUGAAAAUAGAAUAUACCAAUUUACUUCAUGUAGCGGCGGACCGAAAACCGCACGAUAUUCAAUCCUGAUAUGUUCCAUAGCUCUAAUAGGAUAAAAUAAAAAUGACCGUGUAGUGUUCCAUUGAUAAAAUAGUUGCAGCAAUGUGUGGUAUCACCUCAGUGUAAGGUACCACUUUUGCGAGUGGUAUCGUUUUGUGAGUCACACCCUAGCGUGAUAUCACCCUUGAGAAUAUCUUUGUUUGUUGUAGCAAUGUGAGAAAAUUUCAGUUUGUGGUAUCACCUUCUGUAACCGCUUACAUCUUACCUGUGUGAUCUCACUUAUUGAGAAUAAGUCUACGAAGUGGUAUCAUAUCUGUGUCUAAUGCAUCACCAUCUCCGUCACGUACCAUCAGAAAUGGUAAUGCUAUGAAAAAACCGGAGGUGAGAAGGAAAUAAAGAUAUGUGUAUGAAAUUGG